GAAGAACUCAUAAAAGAAAAAUCAAUGAAAAAUCAAUAAAAGAACAAACCGUCUUCACCCCCUCCCCUUCCCUACACAAAACCUUUUCUCGCCCCAGUCUUUUCCAGUCGGUGWAAUUUCAAAAUGGCGGAUGAAGAGAAAUUGAAGUUGGAAAURUCUAUUCCGUUUAACCAGCCAUCUGAAGCUCAAAUAGCUUGUAAUUCUCUCACGGUUGAUGCUGAACCCAAACGUGGUGGCGUUCAAAAGACUAUAACAGUAAAUGGAAACAUUAUGCACGUAGUACUGACGUCAACAGAAGCCAGAACUCUGCGAGUAUCAGCAAACUCAUUUUUAGAGCAUCUUAUUCUUGUCUCAAGAACAAUAAAAGAAUUUGGUCAAGAAUCUGCUAUGACAUGACAACAUCAAAGUACAAAAUAAUGUACCUUUGUUUUAUGGGUGUACAUAGGAAGACAAAGAGGAACAGAGAGUGAAAAUUGAAAAAGAUUUCCCCACAAUUCAUCCUAAGGACUUUGAUUGUAGGAAAAGUAUAUACAGUAGUGUUGCAUUAUCUGCAAUCCCAGAGGCAGUGAUCACUGGACUUGCAUCAGUGUAAAAGUACUAACAAUAUUUCCUUGUAUAUCUUGAAGCCCCAUUAUUUUGUACUUUUUUCCAGUUCCAAUAUGAGGUUUUAGAUAACAGGACUCCACUGUACUGGCUUAUACAAGGUUGCUUUUAAGAGAUCAUUUUUGGUCUUUGGAGCCAUUU